AUUCUUGGCUAACCAGUGUGUAGUGUUCUGCAAUGCCGGAGCCGGCAAAAUCCGCUCCCGCGCCCAAGAAGGGUUCAAAAAAGGCGGUCACCAAAGCUCAGAAGAAAGAUGGCAAGAAGCGCAAGCGUAGUCGCAAAGAGAGCUAUUCCAUCUAUGUGUACAAGGUGCUCAAGCAAGUGCACCCUGACACUGGCAUCUCGUCUAAGGCCAUGGGCAUCAUGAACUCCUUUGUCAACGACAUCUUCGAGCGCAUCGCCGGGGAAGCGUCCCGCCUGGCGCAUUACAACAAGCGCUCGACCAUCACCUCCCGGGAGAUUCAGACGGCCGUGCGCCUGCUGCUGCCCGGGGAAUUGGCCAAGCACGCCGUGUCCGAGGGCACCAAGGCGGUCACCAAGUACACCAGCUCCAAAUGAGUCCGUUACUGGGAGGAGGCGUUCCUACGAGUCGCUGGCUGCUUGACUCCAAAGGCUCUUUUCAGAGCCACCCCCGUAAUCAACAGAAAGAGCUGUGCACUAAUUUUCCUUCUCGUCUAGUAAGUUAUUUUAGCUGAAGGUCACGGGAUACGGUAGACGUGGCUUCUUUAAGCCUUUGACUUGACGUUUCUGGAGCACGAUUGGCUUUGCUCUCUCAACCCAGGGCGCGUCUUUAACCCCUUUCUGUACGUUUGCUUCCCUGCAUGAGUUAUAAAUUACGUUACGAACGGCUCCUCCCGCUCUCCGUCCUUGAGAUUGUGGUGUCUUGAUUUUUUUAUUGGGUAUGUCUCAUUGGUAUUUUAAAACGAAAUGAUUUCAGCCCUCUUCAUUUAAGGAAGAACUCCAGCACGUAACAGCCCAGAUCCUGCGAACACUGCGUCACAGACCUGAAGAAUUUUCUGGAGAGUUUGAUAGCUGCUUCGGUGCCGCUCAGUAUUAAUGCUCUGCCGUGUGGUCUUUUGGAGACACCAGCGACUCUGGGCACUUUGGGCACUCUGCGCUACCGGGUUCCACCCUCUCCCUGAUUAGACUCCAGUGAUACUCAACGUCAUGAGCCGUUACGAAAUUAAUAAAUGCUGGUUUUCAGUGCUCACUUUGGGGCUUUGAAAUCCCUGUUGUUUCUCAUUCCUGUGGAUAAUUUUUGCAUUUAAUUUUUUUCAAAUUCUCUGGACUCCAGCUACUUCAAGGCACCAGCCAUUUAGGCUCGGGCUCUAAGUCACGUCUUAGACUUUAAAGACCUACACUCAGGAAUUUGGGCAUCUCCUUCCUGUCCUGGUCCCUCACGAUUUUAUCUUCCUAGCAGCUGUCAGAAAUCGGAUCGGUUUAUUUUGCUUUUGUAGUUUUUAUUUUGUUACAGUUUUUAUCAAGCCCUUAACAGACUUUGCUAGUCUGGUUUUGCCUUAUAUUGUCACUGUUAAACUAAGUGCCUGGCACAUAGCGGACACUUAAACACUUAGUAUUUGUUGAAUUUUCUUAUCGCACCCCUUAAUCACUUCCAUGGAUGGAUUGGUGCGGUUCAUUUCCAUUAGAUAUAUGUGAAAACAUGAUGAAAAUGGAAAUGUUUUAGGAGCUCCUUCCCCUAAGUCUGUCCAUGGUCACUUCAGAGCAACAGCUAGGGGGAGGAGACCCCUGUUAAGAUUCUUUUUUGCCCCAGAGAGGAGGUGGCAAUGAUAGGUCUUCUCUGUUAUGUUUCUCAGUUUAGUGUCUUGCAUUUUCAUUAUAUUGAGAGCAUUCAUUGCUGGAAAGACCCUUUCCCUUUUUUGAAGCGCCCCCUGACCCCCACCCCCGCCCCGCCCCAACCAGUACUCUGUUCCACAUGGAGAUGAAGUUUUAAUUUGCAUUUACCAGUCUCAUUUGCUUUUCAGGAAACCAUGUAAGACAGACCUUGUAAGGUAGGCAAGGUCAAUAGCCCUUUUAUAAAUGAGGUUGAGCACUGGCCAUGCAGCUAACUGUCCACCAUUGUACUCUCAGAUGUGAGGACAACUGCAUUUUAGUUUUAUUUUGUUGAACUUUUCCGUCUAAGCCUUGAUUUUGCUGGUAAAGACACUGAUGAUCAAAUCAGUUACUCAACUCUGCUUUUGACUAAAGGGUUCUGGAAUCUAUUGCAGGGGUUUCACGAGUCAAAAUGGACACCGGACAUUAUCGUGGACUUAAUAAAUAUUAUGUUUCAUUAUGUGUUUCAUUAUGUGUAGAUGGUAUUGUUAAUAAAAUUACCAGUUAACUUAAAAUUCCUUUAUCUGGAAUAUAUUUAAAAAUACAUUUUAAAUUAUUUUAUAAGACAUCAGCCAUACUUCUAGCUAAGAGGAGCACUGAGGCCUGUCAUAAGGACUUUGUUAAUGCUUAGUAAUUGGAAAAUACAUGACAACAAAUAAGAAGCAUUAUAAACAAGAUAGAAGAAAUAAAGUCCUUAUGAAAUUUUAGCUAACACCCACAGAGCACUUACUAUGUGCCAGGCAAUGUUCUAGAUCCUCUACGCACAUGGACUCGUUAAAUCGUCACAAGAACCUCAUGAAGUAGUUACCAUUAUUAUCUACCAUUUUAUAGAUG